AGUGCGCGCGGGGCGGGGCUCCGGCGUCCCAGGUCCGGGCCAGACCGCUGGCGCGGGACGCUGAGCGCGGGAUCCGACUCUGGGCGUGAUGGAGACGGGCGGUGUGUUCGACUCGCUCCUAUCCGGAGUUUGCGUGGUCUUCACCCUCGGCAUGUUCUCCACCGGCCUCACGGACCUCAGGCAUAUGCGAAUGACCCGGAGCGUGGACAGCGUCCAGUUCCUGCCCUUUCUCACCACGGAAGUCAACAACCUGGGCUGGCUGAGUUAUGGGGCCUUGAAGGGAGAUGGGACCCUCAUCGUCGUCAACGCAGUGGGUGCUGUGCUUCAGGCCCUGUAUAUCUCUGCGUAUCUGCACUACUGCCCGCGAAAGCGUGCUGUGCUGCUACAGACCGCAACCCUGCUAGGGGUCCUUCUCCUGGGUUAUGGCUACUUUGGGCUCCUGGUGCCCGACCCUGAGGCCCGGCUUCAGCAGCUGGGCCUCUUCUGCAGUGUCUUCACCAUCAGCAUGUACCUCUCACCCCUGACUGACCUGGCCAAGGUCAUUCAGACUAAAUCAACACAAUGUUUCUCCUUCUCACUCACCAUUGCUACCCUUCUUACCUCUGUCUCCUGGUGUCUCUAUGGGUUUCGACUCAGAGAUCCCUACAUCAUGGUGCCCAACUUUCCAGGAAUCCUCACCAGCUUUAUCCGCCUCUGGCUUUUCUGGAAGUACCCCCAGGAACAAGACAGGAACUACCGGCUCCUGCAAACCUGAGGAAGCUCACAUGACCACUUAACACCUUAAUACCAAUUUGAUACCAAAGAGAGCUCCUUGUUUCAGCUGGUCCUGCUGACCAACUCCCCAGGUGCAGUGGGUUGUGGGAAUAAGAGACGACUUUGAGAACAGAGGGACCAAAGAAAGCAGUUUUACUUAGAUGACUGAUAGGACCUAGGAGAUUAAAUCACUUUUAUUUUUCAGAGAGAUUAUUUUUUUUAAUUUUGGAGGUUGGGGUGAUAUCAUUAGAAUAUGCCUUAAAAUAAAG